AAGGAAGAAAUACCACCUGGCUGGAGAUAGAUUAGAUUGGAAGAAUAUCUUGCGAUUGAACGGCGAUGGACUCCGGCUGUCGGCAUUGAGGCUCCCAGCUCCGCUGUCAUUCUAAUGACCACAGUCACCCAUGGCGCUCAUUCACGAACCUCGUGCUCCAUCGCCCUCUCUCUCUGGCUUCAACACGCCCCUCUCCGAUCCUCCAUCCUUCCGCCGCCUGGAUGCAGAGACGCCAUGCACCCCAGAAAUGGACCUCACCCCGACACAGUGCGUCCUCCGCAACGUCCUCUCGAUAGAUACCGGAGGUGCCGUUGAGCCCGGUGGCGGUGGAGGAGAGGGACACACUGUGGGACACAACCAGACGCCCGGAGAGGAACAACAGGAGCAUUUUGCCAACAGCGUCCUGAAGCUCCACGACCACGAUGGAAGCCCUGGAAGGACUGAAGGAGAGGGGCAGGAGCCGGACGGCGGUGUGGUCAGGAGCCAGGCGGAUGACGCCAGGUUACAGUGCCAGUCGACAGGCGGGGGAGGAGGGUUUCUGGAGGGGCUGUUUGGGUGCCUGCGACCUGUCUGGACUAUGAUUGGCAAGGCGUACUCAACAGAGCACAAGCACGACCUGGACGAGGGUUGGGAGGUCCCAUUCGAGGAAAUCUCAGACCUGCAGUGGGUGGGCAGUGGAGCCCAGGGCGCCGUCUUCCUCGGCAAACUCCACGGACAAGAGGUGGCGGUGAAAAAAGUGCGAAACAUCAAAGAGACGGACAUCAAGCACCUGCGGAAGCUCAAACACCCCAACAUAAUCACUUUCAAGGGGAUCUGCACCCAGGCUCCUUGUUACUGUAUCAUCAUGGAGUACUGUGCACAGGGACAGCUGUACGAGGUGCUGAGAGCAGGCAGGAAGAUCACCCCGUCCCUGCUCAUGGACUGGGCGAUGGGCAUCGCUGGGGGCAUGAACUAUCUCCACCUCCACAAGAUCAUCCACAGAGACCUCAAGUCACCCAAUAUGCUCAUCACCUACGACGACUCUGUGAAGAUCUCUGAUUUCGGCACAUCCAAGGAGCUCAGCGACAAGAGCACCAAGAUGUCUUUUGCGGGGACGGUUGCCUGGAUGGCUCCGGAGGUCAUCCGCAAUGAGCCCGUCUCGGAGAAGGUGGACAUUUGGUCGUUCGGCGUGGUGCUGUGGGAGAUGCUGACAGGCGAGGUGCCCUACAAGGAUGUGGACUCCUCCGCCAUCAUCUGGGGAGUGGGCAACAACAGCCUGCAGCUGCCGGUACCUGACAGCUGUCCAGACAGCUUCAAACUACUCCUGAGGCAAUGCUGGAAUUGUAAACCCAGAAACAGACCUUCAUUUCGACAAAUCCUCCUGCAUCUGGACAUCGCCUCAGCGGAUAUACUGUCGACCCCACAGGAAACCUACUUUCAGUCUCAGGUGGAGUGGAGGGACGAGGUGAGGCACCACUUUGAGAAGAUCAAGUCAGAGGGGACGUGUCUUCACAGGCUGGACGAGGAGCUGAUCAAACGGCGCAGAGAAGAGCUCAGACAUGCGCUGGACAUCCGGGAGCACUACGAGAGGAAACUGGAGCGAGCCAAUAAUCUCUACAUGGAGCUGAAUGCUAUCAUGCUGCAGCUGGAGAUCAAAGAGAAAGAGCUGCUCAAGAGGGAGCAGUCGCUGGACAAGAAGUACCCGGGCUGCUUCAAGCACCACAGCUCCAGACAGUCAGCCUCCUCAAACUCCAUGGAGAAACUCAUGAAGAAACGCAACGUACCUCAGAAACUGCCCUCACACAGCAAGAGGCCAGACUUAUUAAAGUCAGAGGUCAUCCUCCCCAAACUGGACUCAUCCAUGACCCAGGUCACAAUCCCCAACAAGGGCUCUACCUCUCCAGGCCGCUCACGCCGAGGAAAACCCCGAUACAGGAAGGCGGGCAAAGGCAGCAGCGGGGACCUGGCGCAGCUGAAAGCCACUCUGUCUUCAUCUUUAGCGAUGGUGAACGCCACCUCGUCCGUCCCCAGCAGCAAGCACCACCUGGACCCCAGCGCGGCCCUCAGGGGCCUGCAGCACGACCUGCUGCUCAAGAAGAUGUCCUCCUCCAGCCCCGAUCUGAUCUCCACCACCCUGGAGGCGGAGGGUCGGAGGAAAGGCCAGAUGAGGCCGGGGCUGGACCGAGCCGGCAGCCAGAGCGCCUCGGCCGGGCUGGAGGAGAGCAGGACCGGAGGGCCGGAGGAGGAGGGGCCCGACGUGGGCAUCGGGAACGACGACCUGGCGGAGACGCCACCGCGCAGCGACACGCCCAGCGAGGACGCCGCCUCCAUCCCGUUCUCCAGCAGCCCCGACUCGCCGUGCGGGCGGGGGGCGGCCGCCGGGAGGACGUCCGUGCUGGGAAACACCCGCGUCCCCCAUGAGGGCGAGGAGAAGGAGGACGGGACGGUGAUCACACGCUCGCCCAGGAGUCAGCGCCUCACGCCCGCCGCACUGCUCUACAGGGCAGCCGUCACACGCAGUCAGCGCCGUGGCGUGUCUUCAGAGGAGGAGGAGGGAGAGGUGGACAGCGAAGUGGAGCUGCCAAGAAGACGGCGCCAUGUGAGCAUCACAAAGUGCCAGUCCCUGUCAACGUUCAGCUCAGAGAACCUGUCGGUGUCGGACGGCGAGGAGGGAAACACCACCGACCAUUCCCACAGCGGCACGCCCGACGUGGUCAGCACCAACACGGACGAGCGUCUGGACGACAAGAGCGACGACCUGCUGUCUCAGGGCUCGGAGAUCCCAGCCGAUCCUUCUGACCCGACCCAGCUGGGCUCCGACGGGUUGUCUGAGAAGGAAGCCAUCCUACAGCAAGUCAAGACGCAGCUCGCCUCCAACGACCACAACUACGAGGGCCUGUAUGAUGACUCGGACUGUGACAGUGCAGAGUUGGACCAUUCGUGCAGCGCAGAGCCCAGCCAGCCUCCGACCAACUGGUGAAAACCCGACACCUCAGCCCACUCAGACGCCUGCGGAUCU